AUGGACGAACCAUCAAUCACGGCGCUCAAAGCAGCCUUCAUCCGCUCCCAGGUCCGCCAGCUGGAAACCCCGCUGAAGCGGUACGGUUAUGACGAGGGCGCUCGCGGCGACAAAUUUCUCCAGGAUCUCGUUUCGAAAGUCAACGACAAAAUCAAACAACACAACCGCCUCAUCUUCUCCACGCAGUCGCAGCGCCAUGUCGCCGAGCAGAUCGAGUCGCUAUACUGGGCGCGCGCGUCUGCGGACUCAUCAAUCGCGCGGGCGGAGCUCGACACCCUCGCCAUCCGCAGGGACGCAGACCUGACGGACACGGACGUGAUCGUUUCCCUGCCGCAAGACUACCGCGACCUCUUUUUACACCCGGACCACGAGACCCGGGCAGCAGCAGCAGCAGCAGAAGAAGAACAAGAACAACAACAGGAGGAGGGAGAAAGGGACGCGGAUGCAGAUCGGUACGCCGACAUGCGCGAGGAACUACACCUCCUCAGCCAGCAGAGGGACGCGCUGAAGGCGAAACUCGCAAAGUACCGCUACCUGCAGAGAUUGACCGAGCCGCUGCGCGAGCAGCAGUCGCUGGAGAAUAUCCCGCCCAACCACCUGAUCGCCAGGCUCGGGGCGAUGGAACGGGAAACGGACCGCAUGAAUGCUCUGAUGGAUAGGAUCACGACGGCGGUCGAGGGGAUGAUAAAGGCAGGGUCGCUGCCGACGAUCCCAAAGGCAAAAGAAGCGCCGCGGACGGAUCGACAGAAAUUGGCACAAGUGAUGAAUAGGACAGGGCGUGAAGUGGGUUGA